CAGGGCCGCUGCGCCGAGCUGAGCGCUUGACUAUAUAUGGUCAAAGCUGGGGGCGAGCCGCGCGCGGGGCCGCGCUUCCGGGUUCGGUGCGUCCGCAGCGGCAACGCGCAGGGCAGGGCGCGAGCGGACCUCGGAGCCCCGGCCUCGGACCGCCCCCUCCGCGCCCGGCACGCCCGGCGCAGCCUCUCGGUCCCUGUCCCCGGCUCGGCCUCGGCUAGGUCUGAUCUCGCGGCGCGGGCGGCCCCGGAGGGUCUUGGCGAGCGCGGCGCGGUAACAAGUGGGCGAGGAUGCCGUACGAGAUCAAGAAGGUGUUCGCCAGCCUCCCUCAGGUGGAGAGGGGCGUCUCCAAAAUCAUCGGCGGCGACCCCAAGGGCAACAAUUUCCUUUACACCAAUGGAAAGUGCGUCAUCCUAAGGAACAUCGACGACCACAGCCGCUUUGUCAACUGUGUGCGUUUCUCUCCCGAUGGGAACAGAUUUGCCACGGCCAGCGCUGACGGCCAGAUAUACAUCUACGAUGGAAAGACGGGAGAGAAAGUGUGCUCACUGGGAGGAAGCAAGGCUCACGACGGAGGCAUUUAUGCUGUGAGUAUGGCUUUGUGUUCCGUGACUUGUCUCUGGCAGUGGUCGGGCCAUAUCCGCAUUUGCAGUCAUCCGAACAGAUUUUGCAAUUAUGGCUCUUCCGUGGGCGAGAUCACGGGACACAACAAAGUCAUCAACAGCGUGGACAUCAAGCAGAGCAGGCCAUACCGGCUGGUGACGGGCAGCGACGAUAACUGCGCCGCGUUCUUUGAGGGGCCACCAUUCAAGUUCAAGUUUACAAUUGGCUGGUUCGCCAGUCCCGAGAACUGUGUGACCCUUUCUCUGAAGAUACAGCCCACAUCAUGGCAACAAAUGGAGCGCCAUGGAACACUGGGCAGUUCCUGGAAGAAAGCCCCGUGUGGGAAUGACAGACCGGUGCCCUCAGCCCAGUGGGCAUUAGGUGCCUUGGAGGGAGGGUUUGCCCAGAUGGUCAGUGGGAAAAGCUGGCGGGGGCUGCUGGUAGACCCACCAGGCUGCAGGCUCUCGGCACACGUCAGCUGUGGGGCUGGGGACCUCCCGCCGCCUCCUCACGCCUGGGCGAAGUCAGUAAAGCGACUGGCAAGUCGCAGAGGCAGGCUGGCUUGUCCUCAACUCACCCCGCCCUGUCUCUCUCCUUCACAGGGUCACAGCAAAUCAAUCCAGUGCCUGACGGUGCAUAAAAACGGCGGCAAGUCCUACAUCUAUUCUGGGAGCCACGACGGGCACAUUAAUUACUGGGAUUCCGAGACGGGGGAGAAUGACGCCUUUGCUGGGAAGGGCCACACGAAUCAGGUGUCCAGGAUGACCGUGGACGAGUCCGGGCAGCUGGUGAGCUGCAGCAUGGACGACACGGUGCGGUACACCAGCCUCACGCUGCGGGAUUACAGCGGACAGGGAGUCGUGAAACUGGACGUUCAACCCAAGUGCGUAGCUGUGGGCCCCGGAGGAUACACGGUGGUCGUGUGCAUCGGCCAGAUCGUCCUGCUGAAAGGCCAGAAGAAGUGCUUCAGCAUCGACAACCCCGGCUACGAGCCCGAAGUGGUGGCGGUGCAUCCCGGCGGCGACAUGGUGGCUGUGGGGGGCUCGGAUGGGAGCGUCCGCUUGUACUCCAUCCUGGGCACCACGAUGAAGGACGAGGACAAGCUGCUGGAGGCCAAGGGCCCUGUGACUGACCUGGCGUAUUCCCACGACGGCGCCUUCCUCGCCGUGUGCGACGCCAGCAAGGUGGUCACAGUCUUCAGCGUGGCCGACGGCUACUCGGAGAACAACGUUUUCUAUGGACACCACGCGAAGAUCGUCUGCCUGGCCUGGUCACCGGACAAUGAGCAUUUUGCCUCAGGUGGCAUGGACAUGAUGGUGUACGUCUGGACCCUGAGCGACCCCGAGACCAGGGUCAAGAUCCAAGAUGCACACAGGCUCCACCACGUCAGCAGCCUGGCUUGGCUGGACGAGCACACGCUGGUCACGACCUCCCACGACGCCUCCGUCAAAGAGUGGACAAUCACCUACUGAGGACCCCCCGCCUUCGGACGGACCGAAUCAGGGACUAGAGUCUAACCGCGGCAGAACGGCAUUUCUCUAAAUAUUUCUGUACCGCCCCCGCAUCCCCACCCCACUCAGGAGGGAGGUGCCCCAACUCCCGAAACCCGCGUCUCUGCAGGGUGCUGGUAUCUGUACACGUCCUUCUGAAAGCUUUAGACAGUGACAGUUUGCACAUAAAAACAAGGUGAGCACUUAAACUGCGGAGCAUAACUCACACCCCCCGCCCAGCGCAGCCCGCGUGCGGAACAUUCCAGAGGCAGAGCCUCGAAAACACACAGACCCGCUCCCGUGGCUCCUGCCGUCCCAGGAGAUUGUCCCACCCCCACCUGCAGACCGCGGCUGCGCUGGGAGGAGGGUGCACCGUGCGUUCAGCCGGAGCUCUGGCACAGGUGUCACCUGGUCCCGGAGCGUGUCCCACACCGUGUGGCCACCUCCAGAAAGCUCCUCAGCAGACGGGCACACAUGUGACCUUGUAUUUCACUGUCAGUUUUUGUGCUUCAUUUUAAAAAUGGAAUCGUGAGGGGUUUUUUUUGUUUUUUGUUUUUAAAUUGUGUCCUAACUGUUGCCUGUCAUUGUUUACAAGCUAGCGGGCCGAGGGCGCCGUGUCCAGGAAUCUAGAGCCCUUGAUAGCCAGACUGAGGUGUGUCUUGGUCACCAUUUCACUGUCAUGCUUUGAUGUUUUCCCGCCUUUCUUUCCCCCUUCUGUCCCCGAGAACAAAGGUUAAUUUAAAGUUAAAGAUGAAGUCACUGUAAGCUGUCAUCCUUUUCACCUGCCUUUUCUUUUUCAGUGCAGAAAUUAAAAGUAAGUAUAAAGCACGGUGAUUUGGAGUUUCUUUGCGUGUGUCGGAAUCACUGGUAAAUGUUGGCUGAGAGCAAUCCCCCUCCCUGCACUUGUGAAAACACUUUGAGCGCUUUACGAGACUAGAUCGAGAGAUAAUUAAAUAUCUUUUCUCUUCAUUGUG